UCGCUGCAAAACAGGAGAAUAGCUUGGCGAGCCUCAUGUUUUGUUUUGUUUUAAAGCUUUAUUAUCUUUAAAAUUUUAUAUUAACAAAUAUAUGUAAUCUGCAAACUAUUAUAACACAUUUUUACACAAUAAUUUCAGGACGUGUAGAAAGAUUUAACAGGACUGUAGUCGCAUACUUUAGAGCCCAAUUUGUUGAUACUAGAGAUUGGCCAAGUUUACUAGGAGAAUUUUAUUAUAAAUACAACAACAGAGUCAACAAAUCCACUAGACCCAUGACACCCCACCAAAGAUUUUUUAAGAGGCCAAAUUUUUCAAUGGCAUUAGAAGAACAGGUUGCAAAGUGUAAUUUGACUAAAGAGGAAAAAGAAUUUCUAGAAAUGGCUCACUUGGAUGUUGAAGAAAAUGAUGACGACAACAAUAACUUGGCCUUAAAUGAAAACUUAAAAUCAGUGAAAAUUAAUGAAAUUACAGAUCCAGAAGAGAGUCAUAUUAAUCAGAUUAACAGUAAAGAUGUGGUUAAUAAAGCCUCAGAGAAUAAAGCUGGAGAAAUUGCCAGAAUGGAUGCAGAAAAUGAUUACCAGGAAUUUGUUGAAGCGAUGUGGCACACAAAAAUUACCAACAGGAUCAAAGAAAGUGAAUUAGCAAUAUCUGCAAAUGCAACUAUAACUAGUAAUGAGUCCGUAAAUGGCGUAGAAAAUGUUGAGGUCAAUAAUACUGUACAGACUUACGAUAGAUUGAACGAAAUGAUACCAUCACAACAGCAACUCCAAAUGUCUCAACCACUGCAAGAUAUCACAAAUUCUCAAAUGAUGCGCAAUACAAGUUUACAUCAAUCAGAAGUUAGCCCACAUUAUAAAGACUUGUAUGCAAGAAAAUUUAUACAACGUACUGAUUCUGGUAUAGCAGGCCUGAAACGCCGUCAUUUGGAAACAGAAAUUUAUAUGUCUCAGAAUCGUGAAGAAUGGGACAGUAGCUUGUAUCCGGAGGAGUUGUUUCCUAAAAAAGUAUCCAAACUUACAGAAAUGCAAACUUUUCAUCCCGCAGUUAAUGCAGUUAUAGACUUUAAACCAAAUUCAGCUUUGUCCGCGGGUACAAACGUUUUUCUGUCCGGGUAUUGGAAGAAAGGACUUGUUAUGAAUAUUGAAAAUGAUGACAGUAAAGGGAAGGUGUAUACCAUAAAGGAGCUUGAAAAUGGCAAAAUUCACCAAGUUUCAAAAUAUUUGAUUCGUCCGAAUUUGAUUUAG